AUGACUUCUAUUCAAGAAAACAUAGUUUACGAUGCAAUUCAUAGAGCAUAUGCAUUAACAGAUUAUAAUACUCAAGAUACCUUAGACAAACAAUUUGAAUUUAUGCAACAAACUAUUCUUGAUGAUAAAUCUCUUACAAAAGAUGAAAAAUCAUAUAUAAUAAAAUUAUUAAAUGAAGAUUUUGAUUAUUAUAAAAUUCUUCUUAAUGAAGGAACAAAAAGAAUUUGUGAAAAUUGUCAUGAUGAAUGUUUAGCUACAUUAUACUGUGAACAUUGUGUUCGAAAUUAUUUAAAAUCAAAAUUUUCAAACUGGACAUCUGGUAAUAAUGAUAUUGAUAAUUUAAUACAACAAUGUCAAAUGGAAGCACUUAAAUAUUUAAUAUUUUUCAAUUUAUCAUAUGGUAUCCAUUCUACUAUUCUAUUUGGUUUAACUAAAGGUGGAUGCUCCGAAAUUUAUACAGCAUAUUGGAUUGAUGGACGUUAUGAUGAAUGGGAUUCAAAAGAAAAUCAUUUAAAAAGAUAUAAAGAACAUGAUGUAAUACUUAAAAAGUUAGAAAAUGUUGAGAGUGCUAAUAAAAGUUGGUUUGAAGAGGGUAAAUUUCAUUUAUCUAUAAGUAAUAAAUAUAUGAUAGUCAUAUUGUUAAAUGCUUUGGUAUAAAGAAAAUGCAAUUCACAGAGAUUUGCAUUCUGGAAAUAUAUUAUUUAGUAAAACAAAUAUUCGUAUAAGUGAUCUUGGAUUUUGUGGACCAGUCGAUAAACCAUUAAAUAGUAUAUAUGGAAAUCUUCCUUAUAUAGCUCCUGAAGUUAUUGGAAAAAUGAAAUAUUCU